ACGAAUUUGUUGCAUACAUUAUCCUAACCGUACGAGACAUUUUGUCUGCUUUUUUUGUGCCAGAUUUUAAAACAGGAGCACAUGAAGUUUUAAAGGACUGCGCAGAGCUCGCGUGCAGACCCGAGCGGCGGAUUCUCUCCCUAUAUUGUGCGUCAUUUUCAUUUUAUUUAAAUUCCCUUCUGAAGCAACAUGGCAACACCAGCCGCUGUUAAUCCCUCUGAGAUGGCCACUGACCUCCCCGGGCCCGGGACGAUGGCUGCUGCUGUGGUGGGGGUGGGGCAAGUGAGGAUGCCCGGCGCCGGUCACAUGACAGGAAGAGGAGGCAAGCGGAGAGGUGCAGGAUUGGAAUUUGAAGAUGAGGAUGGCGAGGGCCCCAGUAAAUUUUCAAGAUUAUCCAAAAUUCCAGAGAAGCAAACGAAAGUCUUCUCUGCUCCCGAUAUUAAUAAACAUAUGAUAGAGAACCACAGCGAGAUCGAGCGGCGCCGCAGGAACAAGAUGACCCUGUACAUCACGGAGCUGUCGGACAUGGUGCCCACCUGCAGCGCCCUGGCCCGCAAGCCUGACAAGCUGACCAUCCUGCGCAUGGCCGUGUCGCACAUGAAGAGCCUGAGGGGCACGGGGAACACCUCCACCGACGGGGCCUACAAGCCCUCCUUCCUCACCGAGCAGGAGUUGAAGCACCUGAUUCUGGAGGCGGCUGACGGCUUCCUCUUUGUGGUUGCCACGGAAACGGGCCGUGUGAUCUACGUGUCGGACUCGGUGACGCCCGUGCUGAACCAGCUGCAGGCGGACUGGUUCGGGAGCACGCUGUACGAGCAGGUCCACCCCGACGACGUGGACAAACUGCGGGAGCAGCUCAGCACCUCUGAGAGCUCCAUGACAGGGAGGAUCCUGGAUCUGAAGACCGGGACGGUGAAGAAGGAGGGCCAGCAGUCCUCCAUGAGGAUGUGCAUGGGGUCCCGUCGAUCCUUCAUCUGCAGGAUGAGAUGUGGGAGUGCUCCUUUAGAUCACAUCUCUCUGAACCGCCUGUCCAACAUGAGGAAAAGAUACAGGAACGGUCUGGGACCCAGUAAGGAGGGAGAGGGGCAGUAUUCGGUGGUGCACUGCACAGGGUACAUCAAAGCCUGGCCUCCAGCAGGUAUGACGAUUCCAGAGGAAGACAAAGAGGCCGGUCAAACCAGCAAUUACUGCUUGGUCGCGAUUGGCAGACUUCAGGUCACAAGCAGCCCGGUUUCCAUGGACCUGAAUGGGCUGUCUGUGCCCACAGAGUUCCUCUCCAGACACAGCGCUGAUGGCAUCAUCACCUUUGUAGACCCCCGCUGCAUCAAUGUGAUUGGCUAUCAGCCCCAGGAUCUGCUGGGGAAAGACAUUCUGGAGUUCUCCCAUCCAGAGGAUCAGAACCACCUGCGGGAGAGUUUCCAGCAGGUUCUGAAGCUGAAAGGACAGGUCCUCUCAGUAAUGUACCGGUUCCGUAUGAAGAACCGAGACUGGAUGUUGAUCAGAACCAGCAGCUUCACCUUCCAGAACCCCUACUCAGACGAGAUUGAGUACAUCAUCUGCACCAACACCAAUGUGAAGCAGCUCCAGCAGCAGCAGCAGGCCGAACUUGACGUGCACCAGAGGGACGGGCUGGCAGCCUACGACCUCUCCCAGGUUCCUGUCACCGGUGGCCCAGCCGGAGUGAAUGAAGCAGGAAAAGCCAUCGACAAACAGGAGGCCCUGUUCUCUCAGGACAGGGACCCCCGCUUCGCCGAGGUGUAUGCGGGCCUUUCAGGAUCAGCCGAUAAAAAAAUGAUGGUAACCUCAUCCUCCACUGGCGGGCAGCUGUACUCCCAGGGGAGUCCUUUUCAGUCAGGGCAUUCUGGGAAGGGUUUCAGCUCAUCAGUAAUUCAUGUCCCGGGUGUGAGUGAUAUCCAGCCGUCUGCCUCUGGGGGACAGAACCUGGCCCAGAUCUCACGACAACUGAACCCAGGGCAGGUGGGCUGGAGCGGGACACGGCCCCCAUUCUCUGGACAGUCGGGAAAGUCUCAGUCCUCUCCCUUUGGACUUGGUUCGGGUCAUGGCUACCAGGCUGACCCCUCCUCCUAUAGCCCCCUCUCCAGCCCCACCACGUCCUCUCCCAGUGGCAACACUUACUCCAGCUUGGCCAAUCGCAGCACAGUUUUCGAUGGGGCAGGGGAAGGAGGGCAGAGUGGGGGGCAGUUCCAGGGCCGGCCCUCAGAGGUCUGGUCACAGUGGCAGAGUCAACACCACAGCCAGCAGGGGAGUGAUCAGCACUCUCACUCCCAGGCCAACCAGACGGAAGUGUUUCAGGACAUGCUACCAAUGGCAGGAGACCCAACCCAGGGUACGGCAAAUUACAACAUUGAAGACUUUGCGGACUUGGGCAUGUUCCCGCCCUUCUCCGAGUGAGAUGGAGGAGUGGAUUGGCUUCUCGCGGCUGUGAGACGGCGUUGUGCCUGGAGCGUCCGUAAUCCCUCAUCACACUGAUAACAUCCCCACCAUCUCAGCCUGUGUGAGUUUCUGUUCCAUUAACAGCAGAGGUGUGGGAGGAACGACCCUGCCCUCUCUCUAAUCCCUAAACUGAAGCCAGUAUUUGGACAAGCACUUUGUUCUGGGGUUCUGGUUUUAGUCAGUUAUUAAAUUGUAGAGUAAAUCCAAACUCUGUCACAACCCUCACCCCUACAUUGCCUGACUGUUAUUGAGAGUGAUUACCCAACAGUCUGUACAGUAAGUACCCACCAUGAAGUAAAGGUCUCAUCUCAUUUAAUCAGUAGCAUCUUAUUCCCUGAACACAACACCCUUUGCGUCACAUCUUCACAGAACCCUGUUAGGUUUCCAGACUGGUAUUCCCCUUGCUCUCCAUUACAUUAUAUUAUAUGUUAUUUAACUGACGCUUUUAUCCAAAGUGACUUGCAGUUUACUAAACGGGAAAAUCCCCCAUGGAGCAAUGUCGACUGAAGGGCCUAGCUCAAGGGCCCAACAGCUGUGCAGAUCUUAUUGUGGCUACGCUGGGGACUGAACCACCAAUCUCGUGGGUCCCAUUCAUAUACCCUAGCCACUAGGGGGCGACAUGGCUCAGGCAGUAAGAGCAAUCGUCUGGCAGUCGGAGGGUUGCCAGUUUGAUCCCCCGCCCGGGCUGUGUCGAAGUGUCCCUGAGCAAGACACCUAACCCCCAAAUUCUCCUGACGAGCUGGUCGGCGCCUUGCAUGGCAGCCAAUCGCCUUGAGUGUGUGUAUGAAUGGGUGAAUGAGAAGCAUCAAUUGUACAGCGCUUUGGAUAAAGGCGCUAUAUAAAUGCCAACCAUUUACCAUUUACUAGGCUACAGGCGGCCCCCUGUAAAACAGUGCCAAAUUGCAUUACCUGUGAAUAACACACCAAAGCACAACUCUGUUGCUUUACAAUUUACGGUAUGAAACACCCUCUUACUGGGUCGGCCAUAACCCAGAGAGACAAUCUCGAGACUCAGUGGGUUUAAAAAAACGCUAAUCAAAUAUGGACAGGAUUAAGUCAUUCUUUUUUGAGGCAGCUUCUUAACGCUAGGGUAGAGCUUAGGGAACACUUUAUUAAGCUACUUUACUGUGUCUCUGCCCAUGUGAAUGAAGCAGUACACAGUGUUUCUGCAUCUCUGUACCGAUUACUGUACAUUCCUCUACUAGUUCAUGAGCUUUUCUAAGAGUCAACGCAUUCAUUUGUAGCAGGAAUUAUUUACAUAAGAAUGUACAAUGUGUAGCAAACUGAAGGAAAAAGGUCCUUUUGCUAAAUUGAUGUUUUUGUAAAUAAUGCGAUUUUUAUGUUCAUGUGUGUCGUCGUGUGUAGCCUACAUGCGUAGGUUUGAUGUUGGUAUGUGUAAUCUGAGUGUAAAUUCAGCUUUUGUGCUGUAGUGUGUUUAAGUUCGUAAAAAUGUACUGUAAGUGUGGUCCAUAUUUGUGUAACUUUAUAAACCCGAAAAUAAAUUCUUAUUGGUUACCUGGUUUUCAGGUAGACAAAAACAA